UGCUGGGGCCAUUGUUGCAUGGGCGGCCGCCGCGCGGAACUCCAUACGGCCGCGGGCAGCGGGGGCCGCCCCGAGUGGCUCGCGCUGCCGGGAACCUUCCAUGAAUGGGCCGGGACACCACGGAGACCUCGCCAUUGGUGCCCCGCGCUGGCGAUGACCAGCGCGGCGGAUGGCUCGAGACCAUGAAGCUGGCGGGCCCCGCGCCCGGCCUGCUAGCAGAUGGCUACGACUUGUCGGUCAUCAACAUGGCUCUCACAAUCCUGGAGAAGCUGUACCCAACGGAUAUGACAGCUAGCACCAAAGGAGGGGGCUCGUUGCGAGCAUGACCCUCGUUGGCGUCAUCGUGGGCCAGGUUACGUUUGGAACCAUCGCCGACAUCGUCGGCCGCAAGGCCGCAGCGAUCGCCACCACCACGCUGACCAUCGGUGGCGCCAUUGCGUCCUCCUGCGUCUUCCAAGGGGGCGCCUGGAGCCUGGGCCUGCAGCUCGUGCUGUGCCGCUUCGUCCUCGGGCUCGGCAUCGGCGGCGAGUACCCGCUGUCCGCCACCAUCAGCAAGGAGGUCGGGCCCGAGGUCCUCAAGCUCACGCGCUCACAGCUGCUGAUCAUGAACAUGAUGACCUUCAACAUCGGAGUGGCCAUUCAAUCCAUACUCACCAUCGCCCUGUUGUCCUGCCACAUGGACCUUGGGAGCGUGUGGCGGCUGAUGUUCGCCUGCGGCGCUGCGCCGGCCUUCCUCGCAUUCGUCCUGCGGCUGCAGAUGGAGGAGAGCCCGACGCCACGGACCUCGAGGGCGUGGUGCACGAGAGGCGGGACAGGCAGAGCUGGCAGCACGAGCUCCUGAAGGUGAUCGAGUCCCGCUGGGCCAGGCGCGGGGGAGGGCACGCGGCUGCAGAAGGGAGCAGGGAGCUGCCUCCCCCCCCG